GGCCAUGAGCGGGAGCGGCGCGAACCGGGCCUUGGAGCUGCUGCGCUCUCUGCCCAGGGUCAGCCUGGCCAACCUGAGGCCCAACCCCGGCUCCAAAAAGCGGGAAAGAAGACGUGGCCGUGGAAGAUACGGAGGUAGGAAGUGUGGCCGAGGUCACAAAGGAGAAAGACAAAGAGGGAAUCGCCCCAGACUAGGCUUUGAGGGUGGUCAAACUCCAUUUUAUUUGGCCAUACCAAAAUACGGAUUUAAUGAGGGACAUAGCCUCAGACGUCAGUACCAACCUCUGAGUCUCCAGAGGCUGCAGUACCUGAUUGAUUUGGGCAGAGUUGACCCCACACAGCCGAUUGACCUAACUCAGCUCACUAAUGCCAGAGGUGUAACAGUGCAGCCUCUCAAGAGGGAUUACGGUGUCCAGCUCGUGGAGGAGGGUGCUGAUAUUUUUGCAGCAAAAGUAAAUAUUGAAGUGCAGAGGGCAUCUGAAUUAGCAAUUGCAGCCAUAGAAAAAAAUGGAGGCGUAGUAACAACAUCGUUCUAUGACCCAAGGAGCUUGGAAAUUUUAUGCAAGCCAGUAGUAUUUUUCCUCCGUGGCAAACCUAUCCCAAAGCGAAUGCUCCCACCUGAAGAUCUUGUCCGUUACUACACAGAUCCCAGGAAUCGGGGCUACCUGGCAGAUCCAUCUAAGGUUGCAGAAGCCAGGCUGGAACUUGCCAAGAAAUAUGGUUAUGUGUUACCAGACAUAACUAAGGAUGAACUCUUUAAGAUGCUAAGUGCACGCAAGGAUCCUAGACAGAUAUUUUUUGGUCUUGCUCCAGGAUGGAUCAUAAACCUGGCAGACAAGAAAAUUCUAAAACCAACUGAUGAGAGUUUGUUGAAAUACUACAGCUCAUGAAUUCAGGACUGGACACAAUUGCAGGUGUACAGGAAACAUCUGGGUAUGAAAUAAUGGAUAGAAGUAGUGUGUGUCUGUUUGUUUUUAGGACUCCUAUUAUACUAGAAAAAACAUUUUUUUCUUCAUGUAGUUUUCUGGUGUAGCUCUCAACUUUUUUAUUGUCAUAAUAGAGUGUGUCAGAAGUCUUAAUAUUUGAAAACAAUGUGGAGUCUUGACAUAAAAUGUGGGCACUUUCUUUUCCAAUGGUUUGCCAGUUAUUUUUUCAAACAAAAGGUUUUGGUGUUGCAUUUGUUUCAGAGGAUAAUUCCAAAGAGUCAUUUGAUCUAAUACUUAGUUUAUAUUUCCCCUUCUCAAUUUAAAAUUGGAAACAUGACUGUACAAAACUAAAACUAGUUUACAGUCGUAUUGCAUGAAAUUAUAAGUUCUAGAAAAUGUGUCUUCAAUAGCUCUAAGAGGUAUUUUUGGUUGGGGGAAAAAUAAAAAGAACCAGAAAAAGUACUAAAGAUUGCAAUAACCUCUUCGGUUCCAUAGCUAUGUUUUUGAUUUUGCCGUUGCCAUCAGUAGCACUAGAGCUUGAGAGAUCUUGAUUUUCCUUUUAUUUCUUCAUAUGUAAUUGAGGAAGACAGAGUGUGCAGUUUAACUUUCUAUCUAAAAUUUGGGCUGAGGGGAAAGAUAGCUGUCUUAAUUCAAUGGAUUUUAUUAUUCAAACAGAAUUUAAAACUUGUCCUGAUGCAAAUGUAAUCUUCUUAAUAAAAAUGCAUAGCUGAAUCCAGAAUAAAGGAUGGGGAUGUGAUUAUGAAGGAUGGGGUUGUGAUGAACAAAGUCCACAGUUAGAAUUCAGUUUUCAGCUUGAUCACAGAUUGCGUGUGUGGCAGUGGACAAAUGAAUUUUGAUGUUGUGAAAAGUUAUGAACAAAUUGUGUUUAUGGGAAACACUAUUUUAAUCACACCAACUUAAGUCUUGAAAAAUAUUUUUCAACCAAGGUUUGUUAUAUCAGUCUCUCCAGAAUACGGUGUUAUUACUAUGCAAGAGUAUUGUAGGUUUUAUGUGGAAACUUAGGAUUGGGCAUUUGAGACAGUGAACCAGACAGUAAAGAAGGAUGAAAGGGGAGACCACGAUAAUGUAUCACAAUGUGCCCUGACUGCUCAGAAGUUAAUGAGCUGCUUCGUAAUUACAUGGUUUAAUGGCAGCUGAAUUUGGCUUUAAAAUAGUUAUAAUUUGAUAAUAAGAGUCCAGGAAGCAGUCCAGGAGACCAGAAGUCAUCUUGCUUUCCAAUUUUCAUGUGCCUUUGGAAAUGCUACUUAGAGUUUCCUGUAGCUGCCAAACCAUCCCAUCUCAUAGGGAAAGUCCUCUGUGUGCUAGAGGACUCCUCUUUCUCCUGUAUGACAUCUGUGUUUUGCUGGUAUGCCUCAAUGGGGGAGGAUUU